AGAGCGCGAGAGAGUACUGCUCUGCUCAACAUUCGUUCCGUGUGCUCUGCUCUUGACAUCUCCAUCUACCCCUCCUUUCACAGAAGCAGAGCAGAGGGUGCGUGACAGAGAGAUGAAGGGCGUGAGGGGCAUGGCCGUGGUGAUGGCGCUGGCGCUGGCGCUGGCCGGCAUGGUGGCGACCUCGUCGGCGGCGGUCUACCAGGUCGGCGGCUCCUCCGGGUGGACCAUCCUCGGCAACGUCAACUACGCCGACUGGGCAGGGAAGCAGAGCUUCAAAGUGGGGGACGUCAUCGAGUUCAAGUACCCGCAGGGCAUCCACAACGUGCUGGAGGUGAACAAGGCGGACUACAGCAGCUGCACCAACUCUACGCCCAUCGCCACGCACACCUCCGGCGACGACAAGGUCACCAUCAAGAGCCCCGGCCACCGCUUCUUCAUCUGCGGCGUGCCGGGCCACUGCACCGCCGGCCAGAAGCUGAACGUCCGCGUGCUCAAGACACAGAAGGCCCGCUCCUCGGCCCCGUCCCCGUCCCCGGCGCCCUCCGCCACCGCGCCGGCGCCGGCCGCGGCGUCCCCGCGCGCCGGAGACACCAGCGGCAGCAGCGCCUCGACCCCUCCCGCCGCGGCGACGACGUCUGACGGAGGGGCAACGACGACUGCGCCCGCGCCGAACUCCAACGGCGCCGCCGUCGUCCGCGCGGGCUAUGCCGUGGCAUUGGCCAUGGCCGCGUCCAUGGCGAUGCUACAGUAGUUUGCGAUCCUCCAUUCCAUCGGUCUGGCGUGCAUCUCUCGGUGUCCGAUUCUUUUUCCUGUUAUGCGUGGAGUGUUAAUUCUUGGUACUUGAUUUCCGAUGGUUUGAGGGCAUGUUCGGUUUGGCAAGGAUUGCCGUGGAUUAAGAGUGAUUGAUUGGCAGGACUUUGAGCUAUAUUCCCUGCUAAUCCCUGCCAAACCUCCUCAAACCGAACAGGGCAAGUGUUUUGCACCUUAUCUCUGUUUUUACCUGUUUUUGACUCUGGUGUGUAUCCAUGGAUAUUUUGUACCUGUGUUUCGUAUAUCAGCGCUGUAAAAGUUACAUGUUGCAUAUGCAUUAUUUCUUGGGAAGGUAAUUGUGAUUUUUC